AGAGCACAACUUGAGCUGCAAGCGAGCCAAGGCGGGCAGUAACCCCCCUCCACUGCUAACCUUCACCACCGACGCAAAUAUUCGCAUCCCCUCUCCUACCGUCGGCUUCGAUGAUAUAUAUAUGUAUCUAUAUAUGCAACGGUACAACGAAAGAACACGGAGAUCAAUCAACCGACAACCCAUUUCCAUCCAGGGAUCGAUCGAUAUAGCGGCUAGAUCAUAGGGACACCAACAAGGAAGCAACGAACUCGUGCGUCCCAGAUUAGACCAGCUUCUAGAUCUUCUUCCUUCCUUCCUUCCUUCGAUUCCUAGACGACGUUCGUUGCAUCCGAUCGAUCCAUGAACGGUUGCGGUAACAGGAGGAUGAGCGAGAUCGUCUUCUUCGACGUCGAGACGACGGCGCCGUCGCCGGCGGGCCGGUGGUGUCUGCUCGAGUUCGGCGCCAUCCUCGUGUGCCCCAGGAAGCUCGUCGAGGUGGCCAGCUACGACACGCUCAUCCGCCCGGGGGACCUCUCCGCCGUCUCCAGGCGCUUCACGGACGUCGAGGCCAUCGCCUCCGCGCCCACGUUCCGGGAGGUGGCCGACAAGAUAUUCGACAUCCUCGACGGCCGCGUGUGGGCCGGCCACAACAUCCAGCGCUUCGACUGCCCGCGCCUCCGGGAGGCCUUCGCCGAUAUCGGCCGCCCCGCCCCGGAGCCUGCCGGCGUGAUCGACUCUCUCAACGUGCUGGCCGCCGAGUUCGGCCGCCGCGCCGGCGACCUCAAGAUGGCCACUCUGGCGACCUACUUCGGCAUCGGCAAGCAGAAGCACCGCAGCCUGGAUGACGCGCGCAUGAACCUCGAGGUGCUCAAGCACUGCGCCACCGUCCUGCUGCUCGAGUCCAGCCUGCCGCACGCGAUGCAGCUCGCCGGCCGCGAUGGCGCCGUCACCAGGAGGAGCUCCACCGCCUCCGCGCCUGCCGCCGCUCACCGCCACCGGCCCGCCAUGUCGCAGACCAAGCUGCCAUUCACCCCUGUGAAGGCCGUGCCGGCGCCGGCGGCUGGCACUCCUCACAAGAGCGGCGGCAAGCGGGAUAGCCUGGGCAAGCCGGUGGGGAGGGCCAACGCCACCAGCAAUAAGCCGGCGGCGGAAGCUUCUGCUCCAGCAGCAUUGAGCGCCAGGCCGCCCAGGCGCCCAACGGUGGUGACGCCCUUCCACAUGAUCCUCAGGCACUCCAGGGCCAUCCUCAGAUGAUGCUCUACCACAUGAUGUUUGCAAGCGUGCAUUGCUUUGGGGAAAACAUGGAGCUGACAGAUUUGAGCUCGGUUCAUCUUCUCCCCAGCUCUUAGCUUACUAAAUCGAAGAUCGAUUCGGUCGCAACCGGUCCAUCGACUAAUUGGAUUCAUUUGUACAGAUCAUUGAUUCGUUUCAUCCAAGCACCUGAUUCAGUUACCUGUUCUGUUCAUGUGUAUAUGUAUGUGCAAGCAGCAAGCUAGUUGAAUGACUCAGAUUCAGGUUCAUGUUCUUGUAUUGGUUCAUUUGUAAAUUGACAUGGCACGCCAUUCUUUAUUCCAUUUGUAAAUCCCUUCCCAUGUCCAGCACCAUUGGCUGUUGUAAAUUA